AUGCGCGCGCGCUGGCAAGGAACGCCGUACCUGCUGGAGGCAGCAGAGUUCUUGGCGGACGAGAGCAUCGACCGCUACUGGACGUUCAUCGAGGGGCUGACCAUCCUGGAGCGGGACCCAGCGACGCCGGCCGAGUGCUGGCGCUUCGCCAUCUCCCAGGCGGCACCGCUCGUACUGCCGCCCGUUGCAGCGCUGUUGCCGGUCGCACUGGGCGUGCGGCAGUACAGCGCGCGGCUGGAGCUGUUCCGGCAGCUGGCGGGGCAGCUACACCCAGACAUGGUGGCGUCAGAGUGCUGCUUUGCCAAUGUCGGCGGCCACGUGAUUCGUGCGGAGGACUUGGAUGUCUUGGAAGCUUCCUUGAAGCAAACCGCAACGGGCGGCACGACCGCCGGCGCCGCGGUCAACUCCACGCAGCUGCACGAUUUUGACCACGUCUAUAACCCGCAGCACAAGGACGCGCCUGGCGCCACUGUUGCGAUCCUGUACGGGCCGCCGGGCACCGAGUGCUUCGAGCGCAUGAGCGGCGUCAUACGCGCGGCGGCUGACAGGGCGGCCGGGCCCGUGGUUUAUGCGCACAGACCGCUGCUGACGGAUGCUUGCAGGGCCACGGAGGCUGCUGACUGCCUGCUGACAGGGACGGAGGAGCAGCUCGUCCUGCCAGGCUAUGGCGUGGAGGCGGUCCUCAAGAACAUGGAGUACUCGGCAAUGGACGACAAGAAGAAGGAGGGGGCGGGCGCGAGCAACGGCGACGACAAGGCGCCGGCGGCAGAGGACGCGGCUCUUGCUGACGACGCGAGCCUGGGGGAGGUCAAGGGAUUCAGGUUUGAUGUUCUGGUCAAGCGGCGCCCCGAGCUGCGCCAGGAGCUGCUGACCUUCAGGGACGCCCUCAUGGCCGGCGAGGACGACGACGCCAUCAAGGCGAGCGUGUGGGACCUGAAGGAUGCGGGGCUGCAGGCCACCUCGCGAAUCUCGCAGUCCAGCGACCCCCUGGCGCUGCUGCAGGAGCUGUCCCAGAGCUUCCCCAACAUCGUCUCCAGCCUGACGCGGCAGUCCGUGCCCCCGAGCCUGCGCCGCACGGUGGCCGCGAACCAGCGCACGGUCAGCCCCGGCGCCAACAUCCUGAUGCUGAACGGCAUGCUCGUGGAGGUCACAAACUUUGAGCUGUAUGGGUUCCUGGACCGGCUCCGCAUUGAGCUGCGGAUGGUGGGGCAGCUGCAGGAGUGCGGCCUGUUCCCGCAGCACGCUCUGGCGGUCCUAGGGGAGCGUGCCGAGGACUCCUCAGACAGUGUCAGCGAAACGCGCCUGGACCUGGCGCCCUACGCGAAGCUGCCGUGGCUCAACAACCCGGAGAAGGACAAGCGCAUGAAGUACACGGGCAACUCCAUAGACGGGCUCCUGCAGAUGUUCCCCGGCCGCCUGCGCGCCAUGGGCGUCAACGCAUUCAACGUGAUCUACAUUGGGGACCCGACAUCACCCCAGGGCCUGGCCGGGCCCGAGAUUGCGGUGUCCUCGGGUACACGUCAUCUCCUCAUCUUGAUGCUGCCCAUCCGCCUGGCGCUGCUGCCGCUGGUGCCCGAGGCCCUGGUAAGGGCGGCCGCCGCACGGGCCGGUCCAGGUGCCGCAUCCGUGGCGGACCCGCCGUCGUGGAAGGACAUGAGCGAGCAGGAGCGCUUUGCGCGCGCAUCCAUCACCCUUCGCACCACGUUUGGCGGCCCCGCUGCCCUCGAGUUCUGGGAGCGCUUCGCGGCCGUGACGGCCGAGGGACCCAAGGGCGCAAAGGCCAAGGCGAAGAAGGCACCCUCCGAGCCCCCGCUGCAAGCGGCAUUUGAGGGAGCAUGGGGGGACGCAGCGAAGUGGGCCGACACCAAAAAGGGCAAGGUUGCUGCAAAGAAGGCGCCGUCAGACGCGUGGGCCGACCUGCAGCAGGGGGCCGGGUACAGCAGCGAGGCCGGCAUGGCGCUGGCUGAGCUCUCCGCCUUUGCGCUGCGCAAGGGCCUCGCGCAGAUGGGCAGGUCGGUCGUCUGGGUCAACGGUGCGCUGCAGGCGCUGCCGGAGGGUUUGACGGACUGGCGCGAUGUUGACCGCGAGGUGUCGUUCAUGCUGGCGCAGGAGCAUCAGUUCCUGCAGGAGCAAAUCUACUACGGCCGUAUCAGCGACGAGGAGCCGCUCCUGCCCUCCAUCAUGGACCUCGUCACCAGCGUGCGCCGCUGGAACCCCGCGGUCCUCGGAGCCGGCGACGACGAGGGAGAGGGCGAGGAGGGCGGCGCGCUCAAGCUCCCGCUGUUUGCGGCUGUGAAGCACCCUGGAGCGGCGGCGCUCAGCUACCUGUAUGCGCCAAAGAAGUCGUCUGGGAAGGGGGCGUCCGCGCCAUGGGGGCCGGGCAAGGUGCAUGCGACCACGCAUUGGGUUGUGGUAGACCUGGCGGCACCCAGGGGCCGGGCACUGGCCGCCGCGGCGCUGGACCGCCUUGUGGGGGUAGACGACGACGACGAGGCGCGCCAGGCGCGGGUUGCCCUGAUUUUGGCGCCCGCGGCGUCGAAGCCAGGGGCUGCUGGCGCCACCAGCGCCGCCACCGCUUUGGACGCGGUGGCGGCGCGCGCGCUGCGCGCGUACGCCGCCGCAGGCGAGGACGCCGCCGACGGGAAGCUGCUCAAGCUGCUGCGGCAGCUGCUGUGGUCGGAGGCCGGGGCGGCGCUGGCGGCGGCGCCGCUCUCGGCCGCGCCGGGCGAGGCGGAGCUGGCUGGGAAGCUGCUCGCGCUGGCCAAGGAAGCCAGAGCCCUCGAGGAGGAAGCUGCCAACGCUGAUGUCAUCGAGCUGAUGGGUGGCAGCAUCGACUCGUACAUGCUAGAGGCAGCCGCCAGCGACGUGGCGCUCAUGACCCAGCUCGCCCGCGGGCCGCUGGGCGUGGAGGCCGGCGCGGCGGUUGUGAUUACUAACGGGCGCGUCAUACCCGACUGGAGCCCGCGGGCCGGCGGCGGCGCGGCGGGCGGCGGCGGCGGGGUGGGGGCGCUGACGGGGCUGACAGCUGAGGACUUUGGGCUGAUGCAGAUGUACGCUCAGGACAUACAGGCCGGCUCCGCCAUCGCCAAGACAGUCAAGGCCAAGGCGAAUGGCUACAUGACCCCUUCGAAAUUGAAUGACGCAGCACUUGUGGCAGCCAGCGCGGUGGGCGCGCAGGUCUACCCCGACAGCAGGUUCGGAUCCCUGCAGGCCAAGCGCAUCACGGAGGUCAUGGGCAUGCUGCAGGGCAAGGCCAUAGAGGCAGGCACAAAGGAGAACGCGGAGACGUUCCUCCAGAUGGUGGCCAUCACCAACCCCCUCACCCGCGAGGCGCAGCGCAUGAGCCAGGCGCGGGCCCCCGCGCGCGCCCGCCCGCCCGCGAGUCCCCACGCGCCCCGUCCUGCCUGCCGGGCUCCACGAACCUCUGUGCUGUCGUUUGUGAAGGAGGUCCUGGGGGAUGCGGUGUCCAUCAAGCUGCACCUCAACCCGCGCCUGGACCUGUCAGACAUGCCCCUCAAGAGCUUCUACAGGUACGCCCUGCCAGAGUUCACGAGGGACGAGGGCGGCGACCUGGGCCUGCCGGGAGCGCCCUCGGUCUACUUCCCGAGGCUGCCCCCCAAGCGCGUCCUGACCCUGAACCUGGAGCUGCCCGAGGCCUGGCUGGUGGAGGCGUCAAAGUCGGUCUACGACCUCGACAACCUGAGGCUGGCUGACGUGCCCGAGGCCGUGGCUUACGCGGAGUACGAGCUUGAGGCUGUCAUGCUGACAGGGGGCGUCAACGAGAUCCUGCAGCAGGGCAAGAGGGCGGUGAGGAGGGGGGCGCGGCGUGACGCGUGA